AUGGAUGACCUUCACUCAAGGAUUCCUGGAUCAAGAUCAAAUAGGCAGAGCUACGGCCAAGGCAGCAAUUCAGAUCUCUUAUUAGCAACACCAUCUGCUUUAAGAGAUAGUAGAGGGAUACUAGGUCUCCGAGACUCCUUUUCAACCCAGCCUAAGGCUUCGACGUACGGGAAGAUAGCGAAGGAUAUCUAUACUCAGAUGGGUAUUCCUCCGGUGCGGGAAUCAGACGAUCUAAUACUCAACACGGAGGCGAUAAUUACACGUCUUUAUGAAGAGGGUAUUGGGGCGACAGAUAACGAAGAUAUGCUCCAACGUGCAUUGGUCACCAUUCCUGGAGAGCUCACAAAGCUUUGGGCAGCCUAUCGCAAGAAAACUAAAGUCUAUGAUUCCGAGGAGUACACAACAGCUAUUGGACCAGGACCCAAGGCCUCUGAUUUCGAGAAAGCGAACUUUUUAGCUGGUCUUACAUUGCAAGUUCAUCAUCCUCAACCAGUGGAUUCACAAGUGUUUGAGCCCAAGGUCAAGCCACUGCCACAGAUCAUGCUAGAAUGGAUGGAUGAGUAUCAUGACCCUUAUCCGCACCAGUUCGUGGAAAUCCAAGCACACAGACCAAGUCCAGCCAACCAUCGAUUAUUUUGGGAUACUGUACUCAAUGGCCUGCUUCGUGGCAAAGUCGUAGCAGUCGUCAACAUUAUGAAGAAUGCUGGAUGGAGGGAUGCGUGGAGUGGUCAGAGUGGUCAGGCUGGAUAUUCCGGCCUAGCUUUAGCCAACAUUGAAAGGGCCAUCAGCGCAGCAACGCAGGUGCUUUCUCAAUGUCCCGCCGUUCACGGAGAUUGGAAUAUUCGAGGGAGUGACUGGACGCUAUUUCGACUACGGAUUUCUCAAGCUGUGGAGGAUCUGAGAAGCUUCGCUGAAGGGAGAGGCAGAGACCGUGAGGAUGAAUCUGUAAUUGAAGUGGAUGGGUUCGGGAGAUCCUCCCAAGCAGGCCGUUCUGGGACUUACACCCAAAUUGCGAAAAGAGCAGAGAGCCAGGUCCCAUGGCACAUAUACCAAAAUCUGCUCACGGUGUAUAAUCUCGUAAUGGGAGAAUCGAACGCCAUCAUUGAAAAUGCACAAGAUUGGUGCGAGGCCACCGUUGGGUUGCUUGUUUGGUGGGAUGAAGGAAAAGAAGAUAGGCGAUUAGCACUCGGCAGAUCUCAGGCAAACCAUCGUGCUACUGCCAAAGACUCAGAUGCUGAGAUAUAUCUACGGAAGUUACGACGGUCCUUUCAAUUGGCCACGGCAGAAUCGACCGACUUUCAAGUGAACACUCUGAAUCCUGUUGAAGUUGGAUUGGCAUCACUCCUCGAAGGGGAUAAUGAAGCUGUUGUGGGUUUUCUACGAGCUUGGUCAGGGCCGGUCUCUUCUGCUGUAGCAGAAGUUGCUUCUCUUGCUGGAUGGCUACCACAUGCUGAACCACAAAGCCUUAUAAACAUGGGCAGUCUAGAUCAAGACGAUAUGGAUCUGCUCGGAAUUCAGUCUUCCCCUGAGAAAACCGACGGUGUAAAGGAUCAAACACUUAUUGCCUACGCUAAGUCGCUGGCACAACGAGGACAACUAAAGUCAGGGGAAAUUUCCCGGGAAGGCUGGGAAUUAUCUAUAGCAGUUCUUGGCAGACUAGACUCCACUACCCGUUCGGAGGAGAUGGUUGGAGAUUUCUUGAAAAGCCUCCCGUUGGAUUCAUCAAGAACCGUGGAUAAACUUUGGAAACUCCUCAACGACAUCGGCAUGACUGCCCAUGCUGAGAAUACCGCGGAGGCAUACGCGAACCAACUUGCGGAAGGUUCUCACAACUACGGUGAAGCAUUGUGGUACUAUGCUUUAUCACACAAAUCACAAAAGGUUAAGGAUGUCUUGGAUCUACUCAUCUCGCUUUCUUUGGUUCAAUCCGUAGCAUACCCACCAGAGUCCGAGCUGGAUGACUAUUUGAAACGUCUAAUAUCAAAUCCAAAGGAUGCCCUAACUGAAAUCUCGAAGAUGGAUCUGGAAGCUGCUGAGCUACUUCACAAAAUGCUCAGCGGCUAUGCUACGCUUCGCAGAUUCUACACCUUGCGAGAUGAGGAAGUGCAACUUCCAAAGGGUGGAAAGCCGAAGAUGGGCCCCAUUGCGCGCAAGCGCGAAGCAGCCUCGGCUUUACUGGCUGUCAUUACAAGUUCUGAUGACAACAUUCGAGGUGGUCUGUAUGACGAAGAACGGGGAGCGGUUGUCAGUGUGGACUUUCUUCUCGCAUUACUAGGCGAGGCCAUGGUCUUCGUGAACCAACCCGGGCCGGCCAUCACGGUAUCACAAGUCGACAUUCUCCUCAAGGCAAUUGAGGAUCUUCAAACCGUCGGUCCACGUGUGUAUUCGGCUUGCAGCGAGUUCUUGCAGACGGUUAUAGCCUCAGGCCAAGGCUUGAAAGGCUCGUCUCCGACUGAGCUGCUGCGAAAAUCCACGUCGAACCUAAGUGGAACGAGCAGUUUCUCCCUCGUUGGUAGCUCCAUGCUAGCCUCACAGCUGAAGCAGUCAAUGGCAAGCAGCGGAGUCAUGGUGAAGGGGAACAUCAAGCGUGGAUGGGACUGGCGACAGGGGAUCUCGGCGAGCACUUCAGCGGAAGAUGUGCUUAGGAUACUUCGACUUGGAUUAGCUAAGGAUCUUGCUAAGGCUUGGCUCGCUGAGGUUGACAGUAGGAUGUAA